AUGCCAGAUCCCAGCGACAGUGCCGCACGGAGCAGUUCCUUCCUGCCCAGGAGCAGCUCACUUCCCGGCCACUUUCCCAGUCUGUUGGGUCCUUCUGGAGGAGAAGCUGCCCUAAAAAGAGCUCAGGCACUUCCACGUCUGUUAUCCCAAAGCGGAUCAUGGCUCAGUGACCUUGUAGCUGCAACAGCCCAGCUAUUAGGAGAUAUCAGGCACAGAAAAUUUAAUUUUUCUAGCAUCAAUUCAGUCCUGCAAAGAGCUGAAUUGCUUUCACGUGCCGACGAGCGCAGGCCAAGAAACUCCCCACACCGGAGCCAGCUCUGUGCAGGGGCAGCUGGAGUUGCCUCUGCAGGGGAUUUGUCUGCCUACCUGGCGUACCCGCACUUGGAGUGGAUGAGGUCUGGUUUUGAAGUAUCCCAUCCCACAUUGCGCCACGUACCAGGGGCGCAGCAGCAGCGGCUACAUUGCUGCAAGUCAGGCUUAGCUGGAGAAGAGGAGGAUUUUCCCGGGCUGGCAGGGUCAAAACCAAACCAGGCGGUGAUUGCUGGUGGCAGACAAAAAGAUCCAGAUGGCUUCUUCAAGCCAGACCAAGAACCCAGAUGGCCCAGUUGGCCAUAUAUGCAGAGGACAAUUGACUGGAGUCGCACCCUGUCUCCCAUGACAGAAACCCAGCAGGCAGACAAAGCCCCUGCUGCGGAGAGCUCCCACUCCUCUCCCCGAUCAGCUGAACAGGGAGGAUUGGAGGACAGGGGGCAAUGUCAACAUGUUUCUGCCCGACGCAGCAGGCGCCGCAGGCACAUCUGCCCAACAACUCCCACACCUUCCCAAGUCCCACUGCACAAUAGAUACACUGUCCUGCAGGGGGAACGGAACAACAGUGAGGAUGGUAAUCCUCCCAGGCAGGAGGGAAAAAUGUUUCUGCUGGCUGAGAAGGAGCGGCAGAUCCAGAGCGCGCAGGUGAUGUGGCAGUGCGGGCUGGAGGAAGCCUGGAAGGAGUGGAAGCACCAGUACGUUGCCAUGGCUCAGGCGUGUUUCCCGGUACUGCAGGACUGCCCGCUUGCCUGUGAGGUUACUGCUCCUGCCUGCCUUGCCAUCACCUUCACGCCUACUCUGUCACCAGGACCUUCCAGUUCUCCUUCACAAGCAGAUCCCCAGAAAAGCGUGGGAGAUGAAAUUGAAUCAGUUCUGCAGGAGCGGAUAAUGGUUUUGGACGGAGGCAUGGGUACCAUGAUCCAGCAACAUGCCCUGUCAGAAGAGGAUUUCCGAGGGCAUGAAUUUAAAGAUCAUUCCAGGCCUUUGAAAGGCAAUAAUGACCUUCUCAGUAUAACUCAACCUGAUAUAAUCUGUGACAUACACAAGGAAUACUUGCUGUCAGGCGCUGAUAUCAUUGAAACUAACACUUUCAGCAGCACCCGAGUUGCACAAGCUGACUAUGGCCUUGAGCAUUUGGCAUACCGGUUAAACAGAGUCUCUGCACAGGUGGCCAGAAAAGCAGCAGAUGAUGUAACUGCUCAGACAGGAAUUAGGAGAUAUGUUGCUGGAGCCAUGGGUCCAACAAACAGGACACUGUCUGUGUCGCCGUCUGUGGAGAGACCAGAUUACAGGAACAUAACUUUUGAUGAACUGGUUGAAGCCUACAAGGAACAAGCCAAAGGACUUUUGGACGGAGGAGUUGAUAUCUUGUUAGUGGAAACCAUAUUUGAUACAGCCAAUGCCAAGGCAGCUCUGUUUGCACUCCAGACGUUGUUUGAAGAAGAGUAUGCUUCCCGACCCAUAUUUGUUUCUGGAACUAUUGUGGAUAAGAGUGGACGUACCCUUUCAGGCCAGACAGGAGAGGCAUUUGUCAUUAGUGUUUCCCACAGUAAGCCACUUUGCAUCGGCUUAAAUUGUGCUUUAGGGGCAGUUGAAAUGCGACCAUUCAUUGAAACAGUUGGAAAAUGUACAGCAGCCUACAUCAUCUGUUACCCCAACGCAGGUCUUCCCAAUACUUUUGGUGGUUAUGAUGAAACUCCAGAAGUGACUGCCAAGCAUAUAAAGAAUUUUGCUUUGGAUGGUUUGGUCAACAUAGUUGGAGGUUGCUGUGGUACUACACCAGCACAUAUCAGGAAAAUUGCCGAAGCUGUGAAAUCCUGUAAGCCUCGUGUUCCACCUUCUCUCUCCCAAGGAUACAUGCUGCUGUCAGGUCUGGAGCCAUUCAGGAUUGGGCCAUACACCAACUUCGUUAAUAUUGGCGAACGCUGCAAUGUUGCAGGAUCACGGAAGUUCGCUAAACUCAUCAUGGCAGGCAACUAUGAAGAAGCCCUGAGUGUAGCCAAAUUGCAAGUUGAGAUGGGGGCCCAGAUUCUUGACAUCAAUAUGGAUGAUGGGAUGCUGGAUGGCCCUGCUGCAAUGACCAGAUUUUGUAACUUGAUUUCUUCAGAACCUGAUAUUGCAAAGGUGCCGUUAUGCAUUGACUCCUCAAAUUUUUCAGUGAUUGAAGCAGGUUUGAAAUGUUGCCAAGGGAAAUGCAUUGUAAACAGCAUCAGUUUGAAGGAAGGUGAGGAAGACUUUUUGGAGAAAGCAAGGAAAAUUAAGUUGUACGGAGCAGCUGUGGUUGUCAUGGCUUUUGAUGAAAUGGGGCAGGCAACAGAAACGGAAACCAAGAUUGCAGUCUGUUCCAGAGCUUAUCACCUCCUUGUGGAAAAAGUGCACUUCAAUCCAAAUGAUAUAAUAUUCGAUCCUAAUAUUUUGACCAUAGGAACUGGAAUGGAGGAACAUAACCUGUAUGCCGUGAACUUUAUCAAUGCUACUAAAACCAUAAAAGAAACACUACCGGGAGCCAGGAUAAGUGGAGGUCUUUCCAAUCUUUCUUUCUCCUUUCGAGGAAUGGAUGCCAUUCGAGAAGCAAUGCAUGGGGUGUUCCUUUACCACGCAAUUAAGUGUGGUAUGGACAUGGGAAUUGUGAAUGCUGGGAAUCUACCAGUAUAUGAUGAUAUCCACAAGGAAUUGCUACAGUUGUGUGAGAAUCUAAUCUGGAACAAAGAUCCUGAUGCAACAGAGAAACUUUUGCAUUAUGCUCAGAAUCAUGCCCAAGGAGGAAGAAAAGUUGUACAGACCGAUGAGUGGCGGAACAGCUCUGUGGAGGAAAGGCUGGAAUAUGCUCUGAUAAAGGGCAUUGAGAAGUAUGUCACUGCAGAUACAGAAGAAGCAAGAUUAAAUCAGGAAAAAUAUCCCAGACCUCUAAAUGUAAUUGAAGGGCCUUUGAUGAAUGGCAUGAAAAUUGUCGGUGAUCUUUUUGGUGCUGGAAAGAUGUUUCUGCCUCAGGUGAUAAAGUCUGCUCGAGUUAUGAAGAAAGCAGUUGGCCACCUUAUUCCCUAUAUGGAAAAAGAAAGAGAGGAAAGGAGGGCCGAACGAGGCAGCACAGAGGAAGAGGAUCCUUAUCAAGGUACAAUAGUACUAGCAACUGUGAAAGGAGACGUACAUGAUAUUGGCAAGAACAUUGUGGCAGUCGUUCUGGGCUGCAACAACUUCAGAGUUAUUGAUUUAGGAGUCAUGACUCCAUGUGAUAAGAUAUUGAGAGCUGCUGUUGAGAACAAAGCAGAUAUAAUUGGCCUAUCUGGUCUCAUCACCCCUUCUUUGGAUGAAAUGAUUUUUGUCGCCAAGGAAAUGGAGAGACUGGCAAUAAAGAUUCCUUUGCUGAUUGGAGGAGCAACUACUUCUAAAACACACACAGCUGUUAAAAUUGCCCCACGAUAUAGUGCACCUGUAAUUCAUGUCCUGGAUGCAUCCAAGAGUGUUGUGGUUUGCUCCCAGCUCUUAGAUGAAAGUGUAAAGGAUGAUUUCUUUGAAGAAAUAUUAGAGGAAUAUGAAGAAAUUAGACACGAACACUAUGAGUCUCUCAAGGAAAGGAGAUACUUGUCUCUACAGCAAGCUAGAAGAAAAGGUUUCCAUAAUGACUGGUUAUCAGGCCAUAAACCAGUUAAACCAAAAUUCAUGGGCACAAAAGUCUUUGAAGAUUAUGACCUGAAGAGGCUGGUAGAAUACAUUGACUGGAAGCCUUUCUUUGAUGUUUGGCAACUUAGGGGAAGGUAUCCCAACCGGGGUUUCCCUAAAGUUUUUAACGAUAAAACUGUAGGUGAAGAAGCAAAAAGAGUUUAUAAUGAUGCUCAAAAUCUACUGAAGAUGUUGAUUAAUCAAAAGAAAUUACAAGCUAGAGGUGUGGUUGGAUUCUGGCCAGCUCAAAGUGUUCAAGAUGAUAUCCAUAUAUAUUCUGUAGAAGAGGCAGUGGGAACUUCAGAACCAAUAGCAAAAUUUUAUGGCUUGAGGCAACAGGCUGAAAAGGACUCUGCCUGCACAGAUCCAUAUUACUGCCUCUCUGACUUCAUAGCCCCACUGGAUUCUGGCAUUUGUGACUACUUAGGCCUGUUUGCUGUGGCCUGCUUUGGUGUAGAGGAGUUAUGCAAUGAAUUUAGGAAACAGGAUGAUGAAUACAACAUCAUAAUGGUAAAGGCUCUUGGCGAUCGGUUGGCAGAGGCAUUUGCUGAGGAGCUCCAUGAAAGGGUUCGAAGGGAAUUCUGGGCUUAUUGUAGUACUGAGCAGCUAGAGCUCUCUGACUUGCGCAGAAUUAAAUAUGAGGGAAUUCGCCCUGCCCCUGGAUAUCCAAGCCAGCCUGACCAUACGGAAAAACUCACCAUGUGGAAACUUGCAAACAUUGAGGAAACAACAGGAAUUGGUUUAACUGAAUCACUGGCGAUGAUACCUGCUUCUGCAGUUUCUGGCCUCUACUUUUCCAGUCCCAAAUCCAAAUAUUUUGCUGUCGGCAAGAUAUGUAAAGAUCAGGUUGAAGAUUACGCACGGAGAAAAAAUUUGGCUGUGGCAGAGGUGGAGAAAUGGCUGGGACCCAUUUUGGGAUAUGAUACUGAAUAAUUGUGACGCUUGUGAGCGAACAUUUUCUUUUGAUGGUUUGUUCACCAG